AUGCAAAGGAUUUAUCUGGAGGCUCCAGGUCAAGGAGGUGCCAAGGUGAAACGUCCAUCGCCACUUGCUCAUGCCUGCAGCAAUAAUAACGAUGCUUUUUGUGCGGCACUUUUUGAUCUUACAACUCCACAAGAUCUGCAAAAUAAUGCAAAUCCAACAAUGGAUUAUAAGGUCAACGCUAAUUGUCAAAAUGCUACCCUUAAGCCAGAAGCUAUAAGAAUAUGUCCUCGUUCAUGCGCGUUCUGUUGCUUGACACCACAAUAUAAUUGCACGAAUGAGAACGAUCAAAGCUGUAGUCUAUUCCUUACGAUGCCACAACUUUGUACGAAUCCAAAUAUUUCGGCGGUAGCAUUAGCAAAGUGCCCUCGAAACUGCGGAUUGUGCAAUCAGCCUGGUGCAGGCGGUCGUUGCCCAGAUACUUCUCCUAAUUGUGCCGUGCUAGUGGCUCUCGCAGGCUGCAAUGAUACAAAUAUUCAGCAGAUGUGCAUGGGAACGUGCAACAUUAAAACUUGUUUAUCUACAACUGGAGGACCAUCUGUUCAGACAUGUUCCGACGAUCGAGCAAACUGUGCACAAAUGCAACGCUAUUGCACUAUCGAACCAUUCACCGGUACAUUAAGACAACAGUGCAGAAAAACAUGCCGUGUAUGCACAUAA